AUGGUGGUUAUGUAUACAUGUUGUACAUGGAUACCCUUGCGUCUUGGAAGCAUUAUCGUUGGAUUAAUAUCAUUAGCACAGUCGAUUUUAAUUGGAUUGGUUUGUCUUAUCAGUAUGAAUAUGACAGAUACCAUAUCACAUGAAAUAAAUAAAUUGCUUUGCUCAAAUAACAUGUUUUACACGACACCAAUUUGGAGAGUAAUCGAAAAAGAUCCAAUGUUUUUAAUUACAAACAUUAUGAUAUAUUUUGUGUUUUACACUAUUAGUUGUAUUGCAUUAAUAUAUGGAGCUCUAAAGAGUUCAAUUAUUUUUAUGCUACCGUACAUAAUACUCGAACUUAUAAGGUUAUUUGUUAUAUUAUACGUAGUCUUAACAUCCAUAAUUCUAUUAAAAAUUAAUGUACUGGAUUUUUUAAUCCUCAUUUUAAUAUCUGUCAUUGGUGUGGUUCUUUUACAAAUUUUAGUUUAUUUAUGGUGUUGUCCAGUGAGUUUGGUGCAGUGUUUAUGUUUGAAAAAUUCUUUAGCUUUUGAGUCACAAGAAGUUUUCAACAACAAUAAUAUUACGUUACCAAAGACUGCGACGGCGGUGGUAAACAUUCAUAACAUCGUGUAUGAUCCGCUAUCCGAUCAUUAUGGUUGGGGACCAUUCAAACCGAGCUACAAUUAUCCUUAUAAAAAUAUGCCACAAUAUGAGUACUAAAUACUAACUGCUUUUGGUAAACUAGACAAUUAGUGUAAAAUACAGGGUACUUAAUUUACCUUCUGUGUUUUAUAGUAUUUUAUUCAAAACCUUCAAGUGCAUUGAUUAGGAUCAUAAAAUAACCAU